UGCAUGUUUCUGUGCCAAAAUGGCGGCAGAUUUAUUUUGCAUUAGAGUUUGUGUAUUAUUUGCGUCUUUUCUAGUCUUGACGAGGGGACAAAACAACAGGACUGUAUUUUUACCGUCGUCUACUUCAGGUUGCACCUGUGAUUUGACUGGUAAUGGCUGUGAUGUGAACUGCUGUUGUGACACUGAUUGUAGCACAACAGAUCAACAGGCAUUUACAGAAUGCAAAGAAACAGAUGUUAACCGGGAUAGCCGUGUAUGUGUUUCCAGUGAAGUUAUUUUCAAGCAAAACACGAAAUUUACAACUGAAACCACAGGCACAGGACUUUUUUGUAUUGUCAGGGACANUCCAGUUGUUUUAUUCUCAUAA